GUUGGAGCCAAGCCAGUCUUGUGCGACUGGCUGAAUGACCCAUCACCGCUCCAGGCGCGGGAAGCAGCCAAGGCCUCCUUCGGGCCUCGCCUCGCCGUUGCGUGCAGACGACAGGAGGCGACGGCGGAGGAGGGGCCAGCAAAGCGAAAGAGAAAUGAGACGCCGCCAAACACGUUCCCAAGACCGCGGCCCAAAGUAGCAAGCCGCGCCGGCCCUCCAUGAAGCUGUGGCCCUUGCUGCUCUUGUGCCUGCCCUCCUCUUUCCGGGAUGGAGCUUGGCCCCAGGCCGCUGACGCAAGCGAGGGCCGCCGCAACAACAGCCUCAAGCGCUUCAAUUCCUCCUGGGCCAGCGAGUGGAAGAAAGAAGCUGCCCUGCGGGAAAGUGUUAAAAGAAUUAGGAAUUUGAAUUCAUUAUCGCCAAGUGACAGCAUCACUGCUUUCUAUGGAAUAAAUCAGUUCUCCCACUUAUUUCCUGAAGAAUUUAGAUCUAUUUAUUUACGAAGUAGACCUUCUACAGUUCCCAAAUAUGUUCCAGAACCAGAGGGAACAGAAACACCCUUACCAGCAAGGUUUGACUGGAGAGAUAAAAAUGUUGUUACAUCAGUGAGAAAUCAAGAAGCAUGUGGAGGCUGUUGGGCUUUUAGUGUUGUUGGUGGUGUAGAGUCUGCAUAUGCAAUAAAAAGGAAUGUUCUGGAAGAGCUCAGUGUACAACAGGUCAUCGAUUGUUCAUAUGAGAACAACGGUUGCAAUGGCGGCUCUACUAUCAGUGCUCUGUAUUGGCUGAAUCAGACCCGUGUGAAGCUAGUGAGAGAUUCCAGGUAUCCUUUUAAAGCUCAAACAGGAUUAUGUCACUAUUUUAGUCACUCAGAUUUUGGAAUCUCAAGCACAGGAUAUGCUGCAUUUGACUUCAGUGGGCAUGAAGAAGAAAUGAUGAAGAUACUUGUUAAAUGGGGUCCUUUGGUGAUAAUUGUAGAUGCGACUAGCUGGCAAGAUUACUUGGGCGGUAUCAUACAAUACCACUGUUCCAGUGGAGAAGCAAAUCAUGCUGUUCUCAUUACUGGCUUUGAUACAACAGGUAGCAUCCCCUAUUGGAUAGUACGGAACUCUUGGGGACGUUCAUGGGGAAUAGAUGGCUAUGCUCAUGUUAAAAUAGGCUCCAAUGUUUGUGGUAUUGCUGAUGAAGUUUCUGCUGUGUUUGUGUGAAAUGGUUGAGCUAAAUGAUGGGGCAAUCGUUUUGAUCAUCACUUUCCUCAGUUUGAAGCCAUUUUAAGAAGGGGCAUUCUGAUGAGUUUUGUAACUGUGACACAUCCUGAGCUGUGCUUCGUCUUCCAUCCUGUGCUACACAGACAUUCACAGCUGGAAAACAACAGUGCCAUCCUAAUCAGCGUUACACAGUAGUAUUAGAAUGGUUUAAUUCUGGCACUAUAAAUGGCAUGUACUGAACCAUGCUGUAUAUUAUCAGUUCAGGAUGCAGUUGGCACUCGUGUCUUACUUCCACUUGUCCAGAUGUUUCUAAUGAGAGUUUUGAAGCCAAGGCUGCCCAAUAAAUGGAAAACAGGACCUGAAUCAGGGCAACCUGACUUCAUCAGGUACAUUAUGUUUACAGUGUGGCCACUGGACAGUCACUCUCUUCUGCCUUAAUUCCUUUGUAAAAGGUUGCAGCAGUGAUCCUGUUCGCACAGUUGUGAAAGCAAAAUACAAUGGCUGCAGUCUGAACAGAUGCAAAAACAAAGCCAGCUGAAUAAACAGUUCAUGCAGAUGAAGAUUGGAAAGCACAUUGCAAAUCAAAGUAGAUAUAAUGAAUGUUAUCCCUUUGUAUGCAGCAGCUGCAACUAUGGUUCCUUUCUCUUUGCUCUGACAAGAUUUGUAAAAUCUUAAGUUUUUCUAACCCACCUCACAGGAAGAAAGGCAAGAUAUAUGGUACAUAUUUUGAUAAAUAAUGUUUGUGUAUUUAUGGCUGCACAAUGAUUUAACUUUUUGAAAUUUAGAAAGUAACACUUGAUGAAGGAACUUUAAUACUUGUCCAUAGUUUUAACAAUGCUUUGAUGAAAAUAUUUGUGUGUUAGCUGAGAUGUUAAAAUAUUUUUGUAUGCUCAAAUUCAUAUUUACUGAUUUUAUAAUAAAGAUGAUGAUUACA